UUAAUUUAUUUUUCUCUGUUUUUUUCAUCUCAGAACCCUCUGGUAUCUUUGUGAAAAGCAUUACAAAAGGUAGUGCUGUUGAACAUGAUGGCAGAAUCCAUGUAGGGGAUCAAAUUAUAGUUGUGGAUGGAACAAAUCUUCAAGGUUUUACCAACCAGCAAGCAGUGGACGUUUUGCGGCACACGGGACAAACAGUUCGACUCACUUUGAUCAGAAGAGGGCUUAAGCAGGAAAAUCAUAUUCAGCCCCAGGAAGACUUCACUGCUGCUGUUGAAAAGGACUUACUGUUCCAAACAAUGGAUAGUAGCACAGCCAAAGGUAACUAUGAAACAGAACAGGCAUUACCAUCCCUGCCAUGCAGUGUCAGCAUGGUGAAUAUUGGAGAGGACAUGAAACAACAAGAAACAGAUUUCCAGCUAACUACCACAGAAGAAGCAGCUACGAAGGCAAAGUGGCAAAGGAUUAUGGGUUCGAAUUGUGAAAUAGUGGUGGCUGUAGUUAACAAAUUUAGUGAAAGCAGUGGGUUAGGGAUAAGCCUUGAAGCUACAGUGGGACAUCAUUUCAUCAGAUCUAUCUUACCGGAGGGGCCAGUUGGACGAAGUGGCAAGCUGUUCAGUGGAGAUGAGCUGCUGGAAGUGAAUGAGAUCUCUUUGCUUGGAGAAAACCACAAGGAUGUCGUCAAUAUCCUGAAAGAGCUGCCUAUUAAGGUGACAAUGGUGUGCUGCCGUCCAGUAGCUCCCCCCAUCACUCACCCAGAAGAACUGGAGAGUCUAAGUCUAUCUGAGAUUCAGCUCACAGAAAAGGCUCACAUAAAACUUGGAUUCAUUGGCUCCUCGGACACAGAGGGAACAGCUUUGGAAAUGACUGAUGAACAUCAGAGUAUGGAAGAAGUGCAAAGCUCAUCUUUAGCGAUGUGGGAAACAGAAGUACAGCACAUUGAGCUGGAGAAAGGGAGUUUAGGACUUGGAUUUAGCAUAUUGGACUACCAGGAUCCUGUUGAUCCAACAAACACUGUAAUUGUGAUUCGCUCAUUAGUUCCUGGGGGUGUGGCCGAGCAAGAUGGCAGACUUCUUCCUGGAGAUCGGCUUAUGUUUGUCAAUGAUAUCAACUUGGAAAAUGGCAGCCUGGAGGAAGCAGUACAAGCACUGAAAGGAGCCCCAGCAGGAACAGUUAAAAUAGGAGUUGCCAAACCACUGCCUCUUUCACUAGAGGAGGGCUAUGUCUCUGCUAAGGAAGAGUGCUUUUUCUACAUUGCCCAGUCACUUGAGGAGGAGGGGCCAGCUGAUACAGCUCUCUUUCAUGCUGAGCUGGCUCUGGUGGACUCCGGCGAGGCAGACCUAGGGGAUGAGUCCACAUUUGAAUCGGAGUAUUCUCUAGCGGGUGACGUCUUCCAGGCUUCAGUGGUAUCUCUGCAUGACAGUGCCUGUAGCGGUGAGCUGAACUAUACCUUCUCUAUUCCAUCGACAAUGCGCAAGUCUGUUGGAGAGGAAUGUUCAAGUGAUGAAGCUGAUUUCUAUGUAUCUGACAAGAAUCUGUACAACAUGGAUCUGGAUCAGAGCGUGAGAGAGCAAAAGUCUGUAGUGGGCAAUGGCCUGAAAACCACAGCUGAUUUUACUAAAAAGGAUCUUCUGACUGUGGUUGUUUCGGAUAUCAACCAAAAUGAAAGUGAAAACACAGCAACAUGGGCUGGAUCUCAGGCAGCAGCAGAAACUGCACUAAGUACAAGCCUUGCUACUACCACCCAGCUAGAUCCCACUGGAAAAGAUCAAGCGCUUUUAAUGGAAAAGAGAUGCCCGGUAUCUUUGGAGGAAAGUUCCACAACCCCAAAUUCAGUCCAAAACAUGUGUGAGAAGACUAUCACUAUUGCAAAAGGCAAUUCAAGUCUAGGGAUGACAGUAAGCUCCAAUAAAGAUGGCUCAGGAAUGAUAGUCCGCAGUGUGAUCCAUGGAGGCUCUAUAAGUCGUGAUGGAAGGAUUGGCGCAGGGGACUGCAUCCUGUCCAUUAAUGAAGAGUCAACCACUAACUUAACCAAUGCACAAGCCCGGGCUAUGUUAAGGAGGCAUUCACUUAUUGGACCAGAUAUAAAUAUUACGUAUGUGCCAGCAGAAAAUUUAGACGAGUACAGGGCCAGUUUGGGACAACAGACAGAGGGAGCUGUGCCACUUGAAGUUUUUCCUUCACAUACUCCUAGGNAACUCCCAGAGCUUCCAGAACGUGAAGAGGGCGAGGGAGAAGAAAGUGAACUUCAAAAUGCAGCUUUCAGUAACUGGAACCAGCCCAGAAAGGUUGAACUCUGGAGAGAGCCUAGCAAGUCACUGGGGAUCAGCAUUGUUGGAGGGCGAGGGAUGGGGAGCCGCCUGAGUAAUGGAGAAAUGAUGAGAGGGAUAUUUAUCAAGCACAUCCUGGAAGACAGCCCAGCUGGCAAGAAUGGAACGCUGAAAACCGGAGAUCGGAUUGUGGAGGUGGAUGGAAUUGACCUCAGAGAUGCCAGCCACGAACAAGCUGUGGAAGCCAUACGGAAGGCGGGCAAUCCUGUAGUCUUUAUGGUACAGAGCAUUAUAAGCAGACCAAGGGUACUCAUUCAGAGCGAUAUAGAAACAGAAGAGACUUCGCUUUGUAAUUUGCCUCUGCCCCCUCCUUCAGCAUAUUCAGGACUGAGCUGUGAUGUUGCACAGUCAUCUUCUAGCAGAGCCCCAGAUGAUGUGGAGAAGGAUGAGUUUGAUUACAGCUGGAAAAAUAUUGUGCAGCGCUAUGGAAAUCUACCGGGGGAGCUACAAAUGAUUGAGCUCGAAAAAGGAAAGACAGGUCUGGGACUUAGUCUUGCUGGUAACAAAGACCGGUCCAGAAUGAGUGUCUUUAUAGUGGGAAUUGAUCCAAAUGGAGCAGCUGGCAAAGAUGGCAGGUUACAGAUUGCAGAUGAGUUACUAGAGAUAAAUGGGCAAAUGCUCUAUGGAAGGACUCAUCAGAAUGCUUCCUCAAUAAUCAAAUGUGCACCAUCUAAAGUAAAAAUAAUCUUUGUCAG